ACAGUUACACACCCUGCACCUUCCCAGUACAUUCACUUGAAUUCUGUUUUUAUCAUCUGUAUAAUCAAAGAUUUGGUAAACUGUGAAUCUUCCAUUUGCAAACAUGUUUGCACCUCUGACCCAACACCAGUCAGUGGUGUUUUGUAUUUGACAGCUGCUUUGACAACACUUGAUAAAUGUAAUCGAUGUCAUGCUUAAACUUAAUAUAAAAUAUCACAUUGUCUGAUAAAUUUGAUAAAUACAGAAAAUCAGUUCACCGAGCAGUAACAAAAAAAAAAAAAAAAGAAAGAUUCAAGCACAACUGUAUUCAAACAUCUCAAGUGUCAUGAGAUUGCAAAUGAAUAACAUCUCUGGCAGCUGGACAAAAAGCUCAACAAAAUCUCACAAUUUUUGUGUGGGUGUGUGUAUCUGUAUCUUUAUAUGGCUCCUGCAUGUUAAAGAUUAUACACACACACCCAUUUAGGUCACAAAGCAAAAAUGUCCUGAUGGGAGUUCAGGCUUCAAAGUGAGGUGCGGCUGCACAUAAAUAGAACCAGCAGGUGACGGCUGCGUCUGUGAGUCGACUCUCCUGCACACGGAUUUGUAGUUUCAUCUGAAGUUUCAGGAUGUACGGACACAACCAAGGAAACCAGUACCCCCCUGGCUACCCUAACCACCCUCAGCAGAUGCCAGGGGGUUACCCUCACUAUCCUCCAGGCACCGUCCCACCACCAAACUACCCUCCACAGCCCCACGGUCCACACGGAGGCCUCCCCGGACAUGGACCUGGGCCUUGCUGUGGCCAGGGUCAAGGGCAUGGACACGGACAGGGCCACGGACACGGACACGGACAGGGCCAUGGACACGGACACGGACAGGGCCACGGACAUUGUCAUGGACAGGGCCACGGACAUGGGCACAAACACAAGCACAAGCAUGGUCACAAGCACGGCAAGUGUCACAAGAAAGGAAAGGACUGUCACGGGUCCUCCAGCAGCUCCUGCAGCAGUGACUCUGAUUAAUGAAGAUUCCUGGAUGUUGGCACCUGGAAACCUUCAUCUUCCUACCAGAUGUUAAAAUCAGCAUUUUACUACCUAAAUAUUUCCUCACAUCUAAACUUGGAAAUGUAUUUGAGUUAAACAGCCACAUCUUUCACAAAAAUGUACCCAAAUAAAUGUAAUCAGGCUUCUGUCAAACUGUAUGAAACACGGCUUCAGCUUUCACAUCUAAUAUUCCUAAAAUUUCAUAACUUUGAUGUAAAAGACACAUUACAGACACUGUUGUGUCCGUUCUUGUGUUAUUGAGAAACAGGCUUCUGUGUGUGAUAAAUGCCAGUAAAUUAACUAUGCAAUGUUUCUCUUUGGUAUUUUGUUUUUCUCCCUGUUUCUUAAUGUGCUCUUUUCCUACUCUGUCUAAUGUAACCAAAGUGGCCUCUUUAUUUGCCCAUGGGAGGUUGACUGUGCACAUUUGCUCAGCCACACCUUGGUGACAAAAGACAAACAGACCUACACACUGAACAACAAAGGACACAUAUAUAAUGGUUGAUCAGGCCAUUAUCCUAACAAAAAGGGGGAUUCUAAACAACAAACACUGCAACAAACUCAACAACAGAAAACAAAACCCGACAAUCAGCCUGUCAGCAAAAAAUAUCUUUAACUACUAACUAAACAACAUAUAUCAACAACUAACAGUCUAAAGAAAUAGUUGCCUAUACAAACUAAAUCCCUAAUUCCCCUCCAUGAUGCAGCAUCCAUUUGGUCCAGCCCAAUUUGGCCGCUCCCUCCAUAUAAUGGCUGCACUUCUGGGGGCGGCCCCUUUUGGACCCAGCCUCACAGGACACCACUCAGCAACACCAGCAGCAACAGCACCCUCUGCAUUGGUAACUCAAACAAAACAGAAUUAGAAUGAACCAUUUAAACAAAGAAAAGAGUUGACUGUACAAAAGUUAACUAAAUGUGCGCGCUACAAAUAGAACCAAUUGUACUGUCAAAAAGGAUAAAUAAAG